AUGUGGAUAUAUUUAUUUUAUAUAUUUUCGAUAAUAUCGAAAGCCAUUGCGAUAGAGGAUAAACUGGCAACUUGUGACCUUUCUCAGGUAGGUCAUUUGAUUAAAAAUAUUAAUUACGAUACUGAAUCUUUAGAAUUAUGCAAUGACUUGAAAAAACAAAUAAUUUCAAAUUGUAAUGACAAUGGUAAUGCUAUAGAACAACAGAAAAAAAUAGAAUUACUUAAUGAAUUGUAUUAUAAGGAAGGUCUGAUAGAAUUAUCAUUGGGUCAUGAAUUGAAAGCUUUAGAUAAUUUUAAAUUGACUAUAGAGUCAGAUUCAAAAGAUGCUUAUGUGGAAUUAGCAAAAAAUAGAAUAUCAAAAUUAUACCGUUCAUUUGGUCUUUGGAAUGAGAAUAACACAGAUAAUUCAGAUGACCAUGAAAUAUAUAAUAGAUUAAUACAAAUCAUAGAUGUGAAAUGGAAUUCAAAUAAAGAUGAUAGAACAAUUGACAAUGAUUUCAAUGAAUUAUUCAAAAUAUCACCUUAUGAUAUUAAAAUGAGGAAAAAAUUUAUUGAUGUCUUACUAUACAGAUUAUCAAAAUCGAUCGAUAUAUCUGAUGCGUAUUAUUUAACUAAAUGCUACCAAAUUCUAAUUGAUAAACAUUCCACAAGCGUUACCUUAGAGGAAAGAUUGAACUGGUAUUAUGCGAUAUCAACCGUCCAAGUAAUAUUAUUAGGUAUCGAUUCAGUCUACUUAAGAAAAUGUUUAGCCAUAGAUAUGGAUUAUCAACCUUGUAAGACAUUAUCUAUUUUACAGUCAAAAUUGAAAAAAAUCAAUCCACCAAAAUCAGAUAUUUUAUCUUCUGACAUGUAUAAAUCUUCAGAUGGGAAUUCCAUUGAUUGGAAUACAGUUGUUGAUUUCUAUUUGCAAAGUAAAAGACCUUGUCUGAAAAAAAUGGGCGAUCAACCUUUCAUUAACAAUUAUAAACUAAUAUCAGAAUUAGUGGAAUCAUCAAUAAAUAGACUAUUAAACGGCGGUUCUUCAAUUUUGCAUGUCAGUGAUCCUUCAAAUGCUGAACUUAUAAAAUACAUCGAUGUAUUAUUAUGUCAAGCGUCAAUCGAAUCUCCUUCUGCUAAAAGUUUAACGUCUAGUUAUUGUAAGAAGGCAUUGAAGGAGGUUUUGACAAACGAACAGUGGGAUUAUUUUUAUAAGUCUUUAACCAAAGGAGAAACUUUCCCAAUUGAUGAAUUAAGAAAUAUUUGGAACUCAUACCCUCACCUAGGAACAUAUUUAAUUGCAUCUCUUUUAAAGAAAGGUAGGAAAACUCCAGAAAAUAUACAAGACGAAAUCAAUAAGUUCUUCAAUGAUAACGGUGUGCGUGAUGCUUCUAAUCCUUAUAUUAAGAAGCAAAUUGAAACAAUAGAUAAAUUGCUUGAAAAAAAGAAUGCAAAGUUUAGAGAACAACAACAGCAACAACAACAACAAGAAUGGUUCUUUAACCAGCAACAGUUUAAUCAACACCAGCAUCAACGUCAGCAACAGCAUCAUGCUCCACCUCCACCACCUCAAGAUCAUACGGGUAAGGACUAUUAUAAAGUUCUAGGUAUUUCUAAAGCUGCCUCAUCUAAGGAAAUUAGAAAAGCAUACCUAGAUUUGACUAAAAAAUAUCAUCCCGAUAAGCAAGGUCAACUUUCUGAGAAAGAACAGGAAAAGAUACAUGAGAAGAUGUCACAAGUUAAUGAAGCAUACGAAAUAUUAAGUGACGAAGGCAAGAAGAGAGAUUAUGAUAACUCAAGAGGAGGUGGACAUGGAGGACCUGGUGGACAUGGAGGAGGAGGAGGAGGAGGAUUUGGUAAUUUUGGUAACAUGUUCAGGGGCCGUGAUCAUGGUAACCCAUUCCAAUUUGGUAAAAAUGUAAAGGUCAAAUUUGGAGGAUUCGGUAGGUAA